AUGCUAGUAAUUGUCGUAAUUUUGCUAAUUUUCGGGGCUGUAGUGCGCCGCAAGUGGGGGAAUGAGGCGGCCAAGAGGGAGGAGAUUUUGAGGCUUGUGGCUGCGGCCUCCGAAGAAGAGGCGGAAAUUGCUAAGAUACAAGCAGUUGACGGCUAUGAUUUUCGUCCGGAGCCGCCGCCGCAGCAGCUUGAGAAGAAGUAUUAUUGUGCUGUUUGUUGUUGCCCAACUACUACUAGGUGUGCCCAGUGCAAAGCUGUCAGAUACUGUUCUGGCAAGUGUCAAAUAAUUCACUGGAGACAAGGUCACAAGGAUGAUUGUCUACCAGCAACUCUUUUGCAAGCUAGCCAGGAAAGUGAAUUUGUUGUGGAAACAGCAACGAAAAAUCAGUCUCAGAUCGAUUUUAACACUGAAGCAAAAUUUGGUUUUGAUCCCACUCAACAUCUUGGUGAUACUGGAUCUUCUAGUAGUUCAUCCCCUUGCUUUUCUUCUUCCAGUGGAAGUAGUGAGAUAUCAUUUGAUGCUUCAGCCACCAAGGUCCUUGAGUCGAAUACUCCAACCAGGCCAGAUAAAUUGGCUUCUGAUAGUGUUGAAUUGAAGAGGUCGCAUAGUAUCUCUGAUUCUGAUGAGCUGGAUAUACCAAGCCUAUCUCCGUUGAAUUCUACUGUUUCUGAAGUAAAUUAUACACCUCAGGCUAAUAAGAUAAAAAGGACAAAAGCUGCCAAACCUGAUGAAGGCUUUCAAACAACAAGCAUCAAAGAUAGAAGAACUUGCAGUGGAGCCGCUGUGUUGGAAGGGUUUGUCCCGCAUACAACUGAGUCAAAGAGUUUCCAAUCCAAUAGUUCUUUGAAGACAUCCUCUUCCAUGAAAGCACAGCCAUCUUCUAGUAGUAAAGUAACAAAAUCCAUGUACCGUAGAGGAUCAAGCAAUCAUCAAGUGCCUAUUGUUGAAUUCAGGACUUCAAAAUGCUCAAAAUCGUUGAGAACGUCGUCAUCAGAAGAUUAA